GUCGGUUCGCAGCGGCAGAAAGUGACGACGAGCACUUCUACGACGCGACCAGCGAUAGUGAGGGUGAGGAUGCGAAGCUCCGCAAGCCUGUUCCCCUUGGCAUCCUUAAGAAGGGUAACCUCGGUGGCGGCAAGGGCGGCAAGGGCUUGUCUGUGCGUGGGCUGCUGUUACAGGCGGUGGAGGCAGCCAAGGUCGACGACGAGCUGAAUCGCGACCUGGAGAGCCAGCUUGCGAAGCUGGAGCAGGCGGAGCAGAACAGCAAGGCGCAGCAGCUGUCCCCGUCCGAGGCUCAUCGCCGUGCGGACGGGGUAUGGCGCAAUGCGGAGCACGUGCACGAGCAGGCGAAGGAGCGGGCGGCGGCCCGCUCCCUGGCAGAGGCGGCUGACGCCAAGAGGGCCGCCACCACCGCCCCCGCGAGGGCAGAGGGUGUGCAGCCCUGCGCGGCGGCCGAGCCAGGCGAGCGGGAGAAGAAGAUGAUCAACGUGGAGUGGGACGAGAGCUUCUUCUCUAACCUCGACGUGCUGAGGGGCCAGAUGCAGCAGGUCAGGUCCCGCCUCGAAGGGGAAGGGGCCGAGAUCCAGGCCUGGCUGACCAAGAUGGCAGAGCACAAGAAGACCAUCUCGGAGCGGCUGGCCAAGAAGAGGAAGUCCAACGAGGGCGGCGCGCAGGCCCAGGCCACAGAGGCCUCGGGCGGGGCCGCGGGCACCACAGCAGGUGGAGGCCCGCCGCCCCCUGCCGGAGCUCCUGGGCCUGCGCCCCCUGGGAGCAGCGGCGCGCCCGAGGCCACGGCCGAGUCCGACGCGGCCCGCGAGGAGGCCAUGAAGACCGAGGCCAGCAGGCUGUCGGAGGCGAAGUUCAGGGCCGCGGAGCUGAAGAGCAAAGCGGCUGGCAAGGGGUCUGCGGCGACGGCGGUGCCGACCAACGCGGACAGCGGCAAACGGGACACUACGAUCUUUUAUGCCAACGUCACCAGCCUGACGGACAAAGCAUGGAAAUUCAUUGCGGCCAAGCCAACAGCGUUUGACCAUUCUGCAAUUGUUGAAUCGCACAUUCACCUGGGCUCUGAGCUCAACAAGCUGGCCAAGGAUGCGAAGAAGCUCAAUCUUCGCACGGCG